GCGAAGUGAGGAAAACGAAGGUUCCGGUUCAAAAGACCGGAAAUAGAGUUUCGGUGGCGUCCGUGAAGUGGUCUCGUCAUGUCUGCCCUCUGUUGAAGCUCAGUGUCACAACACCGCUGUGUGGGAGCGGUGAGAGGAGAAGCAGGAGGAGGAGGAGGGGCAGGAGGUUCGUUGGAUGAAGGUUAGGCCAGCGGAGAGAAGACUUCAGCCGCGAUGGACUUCGUGCUCAGCGGCGUGGCGGCGUGCGGAGCGUGCGUGUUCACCAACCCGCUGGAGGUGGUGAAGACGCGGAUGCAGCUUCAGGGGGAGCUCCGGAGCCGCGGCACCUACCAGGUCUACUACCGCAACGUCUUCCACGCGUUUUACACCAUCGGUAAAGUGGACGGACUGGCCGGGUUACAGAAGGGACUGGUUCCGGGGCUGGUCUAUCAGUUCUUAAUGAACGGAGUCAGACUCGGUUCUUUCGCCAUUAUCGAAUCGGCCGGUUACAUCCACACGGACGGCAGGGUCAGCGCCGUCAAGACCACCGUAGCCGGGGCUGUGGCCGGUGUGGCGGGAGCGGUGAUGGGCAGUCCGGUCUAUCUGGUCAAGACUCAUCUGCAGAGCCAGGCCGCCUCCACUAUAGCAGUCGGACAUCAGUACCAACACCAGGGAAUGAUCCACGGUCUGGCAGCCAUCUACAGGGAGCAUGGAAUUCUGGGACUGUGGAGGGGUUCCAGUGCUGCUGUGCCCAGGGUCAGCGUGGGGUCAUCUGCUCAGCUCUGCACCUUCUCAUCCUCCAAGGAGUUGGUCAACGAUCUUCAGGUUUUCCCCAAGGACAGCUGGCUGGUGGCGCUGAGCGCCGGCAUGAUGAGCAGCGUGGUGGUGGUGUUGGCCAUGACGCCGUUCGACGUGAUCAGCACGCGGCUCUACAACCAGCCGGUGGACGCGACGGGCAAGGGGCAGCUCUAUAAAGGCUUUGCCGAGUGUUUCUCCAAGACCCUGCGGAGGGAGGGCGUGACGGGACUCUACAAAGGUCUGGGGGCCUCGUAUUUCCGCCUGGGCCCCCACACCAUCCUGUCUCUGUUCUUCUGGGACGAACUGCGAAAAAUGUCCCGUCAGUUCAGAUAACAGCCAGGAACCUGAGCUCAUCAGACGCCGACGAGUCGCCGUGUGAUGGGUUUGAACUGAGGUGAGGAAGGGAAAGGUCAAAGGUGACACUGUCAUGCACUCCAAUAAGAAAAUCUGUUACUUUGAGUCAACAUGAGUCAGAAGAGGAGGAGGAAGGAGGAAGGAGGAAGGAGAACCGGUUCAUGUCGGUAAAAACCUGCACAGACCUGGGACACAGAGACUGUGUGUGAGCUGUGGUGCUGAGGACACACCUGUGUGUGUGUGUGUGUGUGUGUGUUCAUGGGUGAGGAAAUGAAGGAUCACUGGGUAAACAAAGAGUUAAAGUGAAGGCAUCUUAAAGCUGCCCUGUGAUUGGCUGAUACACAUGAGAGUGGAACCAGUUUUUAUUCAGUAAUGUUUGGAUGAAGGAGGUAAAUAGGUUCAGUUGACCACAAGGGGGCGACUGCAGUUGAGAUGAAGUUUGUUUUCCGGACGUCAGUUGGACACAGGAUGGUCUUAGAUUAAGAACCUAAGAUCGACCAAUAGGAGGCCGGCUCCUGGAGGAACACAGGACUGACCUGACUGUUGUUCUUAUGUUGUUUUUGUACUUUUUUUCUUUUUCCUUUUUUUUAUACAGAUGCAGUAAUUUAAUAAUAAUUAAAACUAAUUGACGUUGGUGCAGAACUGAGUGCCAUUUUUAAAAAAUGAAAAAAAAAAGGAAAUAAAAUAUAAAUAUAUUUGCACAAAUUAUUUAAAAAUGCAUUAAAUGAAAUUGCAGUGAGAAGUUAGAGUUGAAGGAAAAUAUUUAAAAUAAAAAUGUUUUGCAGGUCAUGACAAAAGUGUUUUUAUUACAGUAUACCAUGUACUGCAGUAAAACUCCUGGUGGAAGUAUUUCAAUAUUUUUGCCGAACUUUGUGCUUAAUUUUCUGUUUGUGAUGAAGAAACAUUUAGUUUGUUCUUCUUCACCAACGUUUCUAACUGGAUUUACUGGUGGUUUAGCUGAAAAGUGACUCGUUGUUGUCCUUAGAUAUUUCCAGUAUCGUCACAUGACACCAGUGCUAACAAACGACUGUGAGACGAUGAUUCUGAUGCUGCAGUUUGAACGUGUGUGUUACCGUGAACUGUUACUGAUGUCACACCACUGUUACCUUCACUGUCAGUGAAAAAAAAACAUGUUUUACUCGUGUGUGUGUGAAAACACACAUUUCCUCAAUCAGGUUUUUUUUACAUGAAAGGAAAUAAAACACUUUUUGUGAAGGU